AUGCCACCAAAGGACACGGAACUGUACGACAUCCUUGACGUCAAGGUUGAUGCUACUGAUAUCGAGCUCAAGAAGGCGUACCGCAAGCUCGCAAUCAAGUGGCACCCUGACAAGAACCCCUCUCCCGAGGCGGAAGCCAAGUUCAAGGAAAUUGGCGAAGCGUACCAGAUCCUGAGUGACCCCGACCAGCGUGCUUUCUAUGACAAGGUCGGGCGCGUGGCCAUGAACGCGCCAGAGAGCGGAAUGGAGGACCCCGAGGCCAUCUUCUCAAAGCUCUUUGGCGGCGAGGCGUUUGUCAACUACAUUGGCGAGAUUGCCCUCGUCAAGGACUUUACGAGCACCAUGGAUGUGGUCAUGACUCCCGAGGAGCGUGCCGAGAUGGAGGCCGCCAAGAACGCGCCCGAGGAGGGCAGGCCCGCUUCACCUACCAAGACGGGAUCCGCUUCGCCGACCAAGGACGGCGCGGCAUCGCCUGCCAAGCCUGCGUCGCCAACCAAGGCCUCGUUUGUUGGGUCUGAGGCAACACCUGAUGUUAAGGCUGAGGCCAAGGGCGAGACCCAGGCUGAGGACAAGACUGCCGAGACCUCCACCGGCUCUGCUGUUGGCACGCCAGCUUCAGCUUCUGCCACGGACCUCCACAAGAAGAAGGACGCAGGAAAGGCCAAACUCACGCCCGAGCAGAAGACCAAGCUCGAGGCACUGGAGCAGGAGAACCAGAACCGGCGCGAGAUCCGUAUCAAGGAUCUCACGACCAAGCUCCUCACUCGCAUCCGGCCGUACGUCGAUGCCAAGCACCCGGGCGAGGCCAACGAUCCGGAGACCAAGGCCUUUGAGGAGAGGAUACGCACCGAGGCCGAGGACCUCAAGCUCGAGUCGUUUGGUGUCGAGCUUCUCCACACCAUCGGUACGGUGUACAUCACGCGCGCGAGCAACUUUGUCAAGAGCAAGAAGUUCUUUGGCGGCGCCUUCUUCGGGCGUCUCAAGGAGAAGGGCGGCUUUGUCAAGGAGAGCUUCGGCAUGCUGUCGAGCGCACUCAACGUCCAGGCGGCCAUGCAGGAGAUGGAGCGCCUCGAGGCCAAGGGCACUGCGACGCAAGAGGAGAUUGCCGCACUUGCAGAGGACCUGAGUGCCAAGAUGCUGCUCACCACCUGGCGCGCAACCCGUAUUGAGGUCAUCACUAUCCUUGGGCCCGUCGUCGACGCCGUUCUGAACGAGCCUGGGAUCAGCAAGGACUUGGCGCUGCGCCGCGCCAAAGCCAUCAUGGCGAUCGGAAACAUCUUCAAGGCAGUUGAGGACGACGAGGACGCCGAGGAGCGGCGCGAACUCGAGCGCCUCGUCGCCGCGGCCGCAGGUAAGAAGAAGGGGAAGAAGGAGAAGAGCCGCCGUUCGUCUCCUGUCCCUGUCGUUGAGGAGCCCGAGAAGGACAAGGAGACUGAGAAGUAG